AUGCCCGCCCCGUUGGUGGGUGUCGACAGUGAGGGUAACCCCAGCUUUGAGGAGAUCCACAAGGCUCUUAUCACGGAAUUUGACGAAAAGCUUUUGCGAGCCCCUCUUCUUCGAAAUGUUGACUGGCGACAAAACAUUGUGCAGAGUUGUGUCACUGCAUACUCCAAGCGCUCUGCCCUUGUUCAGCGAACAGGACGUAUCGCUCCCGCUGAAGAGGCCUGCACCUGCUGCGCCAGAGGCGAGGGACCGUUCAAAGGGUGUGUUGUCCUUAUCACUGAGGGGGAUCUGAUCUACAACGCUGCGUGUGCAAAUUGCUGCUUUCGAACAAUGCCGUGGAACUGUUCCUUUCGAGCGGCUCUGCCUGCCUGGAUUUUCGACUGGCUGAAGCAGGAGAACCCAACCCACCGCAUGAUGAUUGAAGCCAAAGCCACGGACCAAAAGUUGAAGAUUCAGCAGCACAAUAUGGAUCUGUUCCCUGCCCGUAUGAACUCUCAAGCGACCCAAACAACACCCGAACGCCCAAAAGUACCCGAACUCAAGAAGGAGCUUGAAGCAAAGGAAAUCGAGAAAUUCGGGCCGGACUACAACAGUACUUGGUACCUGUCUCCUUUGGAAGACCCGACCCUCUUCGGCUCCGAUCAGGAGAGUUUUGCGAGAGCACGCCUCGCUUAUCAUUCGCACCACGCCCUGAUUAACCGUGCCUACUUCGACCACUCUUGGCUCAAGAGGUACCUUGACACUCACGGUCGACUUGAGGCUGUGGAUCCCUCUGAGAUGGGAGACUCAACUCCCAAGCCUUUCCUGGCCCCUUCGUUGGCCAAAAUUUGA